AUGAAAUUGGAAACUGCUACUCAAAUUGAUAAUUUAGGUGGUGAGGACGGAACGUUAAAAAUAUGGUCAAAUAAUGGAAUGCUGAGAUCUACUGUACUUCAGGAAGGUUUUAAUAAUUUUUCGAGUUUAGAAAAUCCCGUGUAUUCUUUGGCCUGGAAUCCUACUGAUACCAAACAAAUUGUAUCUGCUUGCAGCAAAAACUUAAUACUGUGUUCUUUGAAUGCCAAUUCUGAACAGAUUAAGUGGCUUGCACAUGAAGGAUCUGUUUUAAGUGUUGAUUGGAGUAAAGAUAAUAUCAUUGUCUCCGGCGGAGAAGAUUGCAGAUACAAAACAUGGGACAGUUGCGGCCGAUUGUUAUACAGUAGUGCUUUGGAACAAGAUGUUAUAACUUCAGUUAGCUGUUCUCCGUUAGGAAAUUUCUUCGUUGCAGGAUCAUUCAACACUGUUAGACUUUGUCAGACCAAUGGCGUAUAA